GUCAAACAAAGGAAGCCGGUCCUCCACCACGGAGGAAGCAGGAAGCUGCUGGGCCCCGCUCUGAGCCCAGCUGCCGGAGCCCAGGGACAGCGGGAUGGAGUCCGUGGCCCUGUACAGCUUUCAGGCCACAGAGAGCGAUGAGCUGGCCUUCCACAAGGGUGACACACUGAAGAUCCUGAACAUGGAAGACGACCAGAACUGGUACAAGGCAGAGCUCCGAGGUGCCGAGGGAUUUGUGCCCAAAAACUACAUUCGAGUCAAGCCUCACCCGUGGUACUCCGGCAGGAUUUCCCGGCAGCUGGCCGAAGAGAUUCUGAUGAAGCGGAACCAGCUGGGAGCCUUCCUGAUCCGCGAGAGCGAGAGCUCCCCGGGCGAGUUCUCCGUGUCCGUGAACUAUGGGGACCAAGUACAACACUUCAAGGUACUGCGCGAGGCCUCAGGGAAGUACUUCCUCUGGGAGGAGAAGUUCAACUCCCUCAACGAGCUGGUGGAUUUCUACCGCACCACGACCAUCGCCAAGAAGCGCCAGAUCUUCCUGCGGGAUGAGGAGCCGCUGCUGCAGCAGUCGCCCCGCGCCUCCUUUGUGCAGGCCCAGUUUGAUUUCUCUGCCCAAGACCCCUCCCAGCUCAGCUUCCGCCGCGGGGACAUCAUCGAAGUUGUGGAGCGCCCGGACCCGCACUGGUGGCGGGGCCGAGCCUGCGGGCGCGUGGGCUUCUUCCCGCGGAGCUACGUGCAGCCCGUGCACCUGUGACCCACGCGCGGGCGGCCCACGGACCAUUACACGGGGAACUGAGGACACGGACACGCCUGCCCACCGGGUCACACACGUCCUCGGCCUGGACCUGGCUCCU